CUCUUCGUCGCUACCGCUCUCCGUGCUCGCCGCAUCCACCCACGCCGCAUCCGCCGUACUCAGCGGGCGGCCAUAUCUUACCACACCUCGCUUAAUUCUUCUUCGCUUCCAUCCACAAUGUCCGCGGCGGCAACAAUGUUGUACCCCGCUGGCGAUCACCAAGCAGCAAAUAACACGCACGAAGACGAUGCGCAGGCCGGCGAUGACCAAAUGCUCUCCACUUUCUACUGCCGUGCUCUCUAUGACUAUCAGUCGACGGACAACUCAUCACUCUCGUUUUAUCGUGGAGAUAUUAUCGAGGUCUUGACACAGCUUGAGUCGGGGUGGUGGGAUGGUCUCUUAGGCGAGGAACGUGGAUGGUUCCCUUCAAACUACGUACAACCGAUAUCGGAGGCGGAGGCAGAGGCAGAGCUCGGCCCACAGGAGCCCGUGCGGGUUAACGAGGUGCAUGAUUCUGCUAUUGACGUUAGCCAACGUGUGCGGGGUGCUACCUCAGAUCAUGAUUGGAUGCAGGAGGAGAUUGACUAUGCACGGUCAAGGAACGGGUUCCAAGAUCUCGCUAACGGAGCGAUGGCCGGGCAGAAUCUAUCUCAUCAGGAUUACUGGCUGCCUGAGGUCGAUGCGACCGGGCAGAUAUUCUAUGUUAACACUCAGACUGGCGAACGCUCUCGGGAUCUCCCCGCUGAAAUGGGCCCAGAAAUUAAUGACAAUAGCUUGGGAGGGCAACAACCCGCUGCUAAUUUACGCACGGCGGGUCGUAACGAUAUCCAUAACCAGUUCUCGGGGCUUGUUAACGGAAAUGCCAUAGGUGGCGCCCCCUCUGCCAGUUUUCGUGCUGCUGGGUUUGGACUUGCGAAGCGGAGCGGGACUCCUGAACCUUGGACAAAGCGACUUGUAGAUGACGGCUUGACUUAUUAUUACUUCAACAAGAUCACUGGUCAAAUCCAAUGGACGCGACCAGUACCCGAGAACGGAGCUGUAAUCAAUGCGUCUGCGACGAUUCCGCGCAUCGAUACCACUACGAAUGUUACCUAUCCGAACGAUGCACAUCAGAAUGGUCGACAAUAUGUUGCAGGUCCCUCCUCGACAACAUCGGGUUAUGCAAGCACUAAUGAGACUAUGUUUACGGAAGCCCGGUUACGUGCGGACUCAGUGACAAGCAAUAAUCAGAGCUCCAAACGAGAUAGUGUCUACUCUGAUGAUUCCGACGUUCAUCCCCGAGAAGGUGAUGCUCAUGAUCGCCCCGUGCGUCCGCUGAACGGUGGCGUUGCGCCGGCGAACGAUCCCGGACUUACACCUGCGGAGCGAUCUGCUUUCAUGCUUCAGAGUGCGCUUGCUCCUCCUGAGCCAGAAUCAAUAGACACUUUGGCAGACCAAACGCGUGAUGCUAUCAUCGUUGUCAUGGCUUCUGUGGACGACAAUGGCCUGCCGAAAGGCGCCGAUCACGACAAAGAAGUGGAACAAAACGUUGGUUCUGUUGUUGUUGCUGUACGGAAUUUGCUUUAUGUGUCCUGUGCAUUGGCUGGUCCUCUUCCGAGUGUACACGGCGAACGUGAUUCCGGUGAUCCGGCUGCUACGGCCGUCGUACAACAACUUCAGGCGCAGUUGAAGAGCUCGCAACGGAAGGUCACGGCCACACUGUCGAAGCUUGUACUUUCUGCCCGUGCUGCGCGAUACAAACGGGAAGCCUUAUCCUCGGAAAUGAUGAUACGCGUGGAACAGGACGCUGCAGAUCUGCAACGUGCGGUUGACAACUUUGUUUCGGAAGUAAAGAAACAACAUGCUCGCACGGUGAUUAAGCAACUUCAUCAGCGGAUAGGGAAAAAGCGGCUCCGAGGUGUUUUUGAUCUUCAACACAUUGGGCUGGGGCUUCCAGGCGCUGGAGUUGCCGGAGCGUGGAAAGGUUUCGGUUUCAUCAAUGUCGAUGACGGUCUUGGGUUGCCGAAGCGUUCCUUAAACGAGGAAACUGUGACGGAAGUAAAGAAUAUGCAAGAAACCUUAGAUGGAAAACUUGCUGCGCUUGUAGAAUUGGUGCAAGAUGCUGGAACAACAAGCGAUGAACUGUUGAACCACACUCAAGCACUUUUGGCUGAUAUUUCGGCUUUCGUCAGCGUCGUAAUUGACGUUAACAUUUGUCAAGACGUCGACGUAGGUGGCUUGCGUGGAGAUCAAGCAUCGCCUCAGUCUGAGGAUCCGUAUAUGCGUGCAGUCGCUGAAGCCCGAUCAUUACUACGCAAAUUCGAGGCAAUUACUCAGAGCCUGUUUGAUGACGGAGCAAUACUCUUCGCAUUUGUUCAGACAAUACCAUUCAAAUGGCCGACUACUGGUAACGUAACAGACACAAUUGACCGACAGGGGCCAAUAUCCAGUCUUUACGGAUCUGCGAAAGUUUUGAUGACAGGAACGAAGAUGGCCGUCGAGUUCCUUGAGAAGUUACUUGCUAUUGCCCGGGAGCAGAUUGCAUCGGAGGGACGCUUCAGGGAGUCAGUUGCAUUACGAAUAUCGAGGAUGAGCAUUAUGGAUGGAAAUCGUCGGUUGUCACAUUUCUUUGGUCCCAUGCCGGAUGCUGGGAACGAUGAUGAGGAUAUCGUGGACAUGGGCUUCGCGUUCCAAAAGAGCGCUGCAAGGCCCGCAAUGACUGGCGUUGACGCCUUCGUUCCGGAGACCGCGGAAUCUGCAAGCUCACCGCCGCCACGACAAGAGACGCUUUCGGUUUCUGAUAAAGCAAGCGGACAUAAGAAGUCACUAUCUAUUUCGAAAGACUUGCCGCUAGACCCAGACCUUCUAGGUCUAGAGGAUGAGGAUGUCGUUGAGAAGAAACCACGCGGGACGAAGAUUAGACAGAUUUUGGGUGAUGAUGCUCCGGAGAGGUGGAUCGAGAAUGCUAACGCCGACUCAAAGCCUUGGUACUUGCGUGCUGACCACAAAAAGGAGGAGAUUAUGUUCACUCCGGAUGGAGGGAUACGUGCGGGGACAUUACCAGCGCUGAUUGAACGGCUAACUACUCACGAAUAUGGAGAUGCUGUAUUCAUCCGAACGUUCUUGAUGACGUACAAGUCGUUCACUACGUUGGACGAGCUGUUUGAUUUGCUUGUACAACGAUAUUGGAUUCAACCACCGGAUGGUUUGAAGCCUAAUGAUUUGGAAGAAUGGACGAAGCUCAAGCAGCACAUUAUCCGAUCUCGAGUAUUGAACACUUUCAAGACUAUGGUGACGGACGACCAAGUGCUCGUUGAGGACGAUAUGUAUAUCUUGGACCGCAUCAAAGAGUUCCUUCUACACCCUGAAGUGUCCGUUUCUCCCGCUUCGAAGACAUUAUUAAACAUUAUUGAGCGCAAAAAGCAAGGAGGAAUUAAGCCACUCGCUCUCACACCUCCAACGUCCUUCCCACCUCCGCCGAUCAUCCCGAAGGGCAUGAAUAAGGGCAAACUCAAGCUUCUUGACAUCGAUCCGCUAGAACUUGCUCGUCAACUGACGAUUAUGGAGUUUGCGCUGUACCGCACGAUCAAAGCGAUUGAGUGUUUGCAGCGGUCGAGAGAGCAGAAGGUUGGCGAACAUAAGGACCAUAUCACGGACGUAAUCCAGAUGACUAACAAGAUUGCGAACUGGGUGAACGCCACUGUCCUUAGUAAGGAGGAUUCGCGCAAGCGAGCUGCCCUGGUGAAACAGUUCAUUGGCGUUGCCGACCGCUGUAGAAAUCUUCAUAAUUUCUCAAGCAUGGCGGCUAUCAUCUCUGGCUUGAACUCGCCACCGAUUCGCCGUUUGAAGCGGACUUGGGAGCAAGUCAGCGGGAGAUUCAUGUCGCAGUUGGGCAGCUGUGAAAUGACUCUGGAUUCUACCAAGAAUUUCACGAACUAUAAAGCUACCCUUGCUCAGACCAAUCCACCUGGUAUUCCGUUCAUUGGUGUUUAUUUGACGACUCUAACAUUCAUCAACGACGGGAGCAAGGACAUCCUUCCUGGGAACCUGAUUAACUUCGGUAAACGGCAACGUGCCGCGGAGAUCAUCCGUGAGAUCCAGCGAUGGCAAUCGAAAGACUUUAACCUCGCACCGCUCACCCCGAUAUUAACGUUCAUCGAGGAAAGUCUCAGUGCGUUUAACGAGUCUGUCGAUUGGGGCGAACACUUUUGGAACCUUAGUCUGGAGAGGGAGCCGAGAGAACGUGAGGAUGAGAAGAUGGCGAGGUUGUUACAAGAGAGUGGAUUCUUGUAGACGAUAUAUGUAGCGGCAACUAAUUUGUUUUACCUUUACGGUUUUUUUUGUUGUUCUCGUUCCUCUCCUUUGUUUUUUGUUUGUCAGUUUUUUUGGUGAUUCUCUCCCGAUAUCCUCCAUCUCGCUCACUUUAUGCUGGUUGGUUUACUCCUUUGAUAAUCAUUCUGAUCUUUCGCCUUCGUUUUUUCCUUUGUCUAUCAUCGAAAAUAGUCGACAGUUGGCUUCUUUACUUACUUACCCCCUAAGCAAUUUUCAUUCAUGGAUACCUUGUCGUGGAACUGUAACAC